GCUACGCAUUUGCGUAGAGAUAAUGCAGCGUUUGUUUGUCGUCUCGUUGCAAGUUAGUGAUUUAUAAGUCCGACCCAAGAGAUGCAGGGAGAAAUAGAAUUUGGCAUCGGAACUUUUGACGUUAACAAAUAACUUACAAUAAUAUAUAUUUUUAUUUUACUUGUAAUUUAAACAUUCACUCUUAAGAGGUUUUGGGUACGGUGUAGCAACGACCAUAUGACAUCUUGAAAUGAGUUUUCACUACGCACAGUGUUACCCUGGACCUGGGGGAGGAGAUCAUUUCCCUGGGCAGGCUCCAGGGAGUCCAUACACUGCUGGUGCUGGGCUACCUGCAGGAGGUCAGUAUGGAGGCACGGCCCCACCCUCGGCUCCACCAGCACCAUCUGGCUAUGCACCAUACGGAAGUGCUGCUCCUCCACCAGGGGGGCAGUACACAGGGGACCAAGCACCUGGUGCUCCCUACGGAGGCUACCGUCAGCCGCAGGGUGGGCCCUACGGACAGCAGCCUCCUGGGCCAGGAGGCGUCCCCCCAGGCGUGAACGCGGAGGCCUACCAGUGGUUCCAGUCUGUGGACGCGGACCAGAGUGGCUUCAUCAGCCUGAAGGAACUGAAGCAGGCGCUCGUCAACUCCAACUGGUCCGCCUUCAAUGACGAGACCUGUCUGAUGAUGAUCAACAUGUUUGACAACACCAAGUCAGGCCGGAUGGACGUCUUUGGCUUCUCGGCUCUGUGGAAUUUCAUGCAGCAGUGGCGGUCGCUGUUCCAGCAGUUCGACCGCGACCGCUCCGGGUGCAUCAGCGGCGACGAGCUGCACCAGGCUCUCUCCCAGAUGGGCUACAACCUCAGCCCGCAGUUGGCCCGGGAGCUGGCGGCGCGACACUCGCUCCGGGGCUCCAUGCAGCUGGACCGCUUCAUCCAGGUGUGCACGCAGCUGCAGAGCAUGACCCAGGCCUUCCGCGAGAAGGACACCGCCAUGACGGGCAGCGCGCGCUUGAGCUACGAGGACUUCCUGUCCGGCGCCAUCACGCGGCUGGUGUGAGGAGCGGGAGCCUGGAGGCUGCUCUCCCUUCUCUUCUCCGUUUAAAAGAGCUCCGUGAAUGCAGCUAACGGUUUGCUGUGUUGGCCUGAUGCACUGUGGAAAUUGCUAGAAAAUGUUUGCUAUAGUAAUGAAGUGGUGAAUGGCAGGUCUUGAAAUUUGCAGUAAUUUGACAAACGUGUAAUUUAUUUACUUAACAAAUACGUGUUCAGGGUCUUGUGUGCUUCUGCUUUUAAUAACUAAUAUUACUGCAUUGCUGUGAAAAAGUAGGCACAAUUUGGGCUACUUUGACGAGAAGUUGUAACUUUUGUCUUAUCUGCUAUGUCACAUCACUUUAUCUGUACUAGGACUUAAGUGAUGAUCAAAUGUGCUUUUGUCUUAAAUGUGCCAAAAAACUGUAUACUGCAUAUUAGCUGGAGCAACAGCAGAGUGCUUUGCUCAAGGGCAUGAUGAAGUGUCCACCAUGAAGCUGGAAUCUUUUAGCCCAUGACCCAAACUGCUGCCUUAUACUGCUACACUAAAGAAUAGUUUACAGUUUCCCCUCAGACCUCAAUUUCAGUUUCUUAGAAUUUUGUUCUUUCUUUUUUUAAAUAUAUGUUAAUAUUUAUGAUUGCUAAUGUAAGUCAAAGCACUUUAAUGAUUAACAUUCAUUACAAGUCACUGCAUAAUUCCUCUUGCUUUCACAAUACGGUUAGCAUUGCAGUAUGAAAUUAUAGAAAAUGACUGAGAUGUACUUUGCAUCUAUUUUUAGAGUAGACAGCAAAAAAAAGCUUUUCCUGUCUGAAUCACAAAAGGAAUCGACCGAAGAAUAUGAAAUGAAGAUGGAAACUAAUGUUAUACCAGUUGUUGUCCCACAAAUUUAGACUGCUUAAAAAAUAUUACAGAUUCCUAAACAUGGGAACAAGCACAACAACCAAGCUUUGUGAAAUUAAAUCAGCAAAUAAUUGGCUGAUUUCAUUUCACAUUAAUUGUGUGCAUUUCAAUGUUGCAUUGUUUUUGCCAUGUUUACUUACUGAAUGGCAUUAAAUCCUAAAUGAAGAAUCAGAAUGUCUUGGACUUUUAUCUCCACUUUAAAAAAAAAUAUAUAUAUAUAUAUAUAUAUAUUGAAGGAUUUACCUUCAAGUUAAGUGUCAUUGUUAGGUAUUAUUGACAUUAUUUACAUGCUAAUUAAAAUGUUAUACACCGA